AUGUUGAAAACCAGUAGGAGAACAAUCUCCACUACGCUCGAUUCCCCCGUGGUGGUCCAUGUUGGUCAACCUGAGCAUGUAGACCGCGAUCAAGUGCUCAAGUUUCUCGACACUUUUGUCGCAGACAAAGAAGCUCAAUUGACCGUCGGUGCAGAUGCAGACGCUGAUGUUCAUCUCACCAGCGCCCUUUCACAGCUCAAGCGGAUUCAAAGAGACUGUCAGGGCCUACCGCCAACCGUUUUAGACGAAGGAUCCAAGCAGUAA